UUGGGUGAUAUAAGCUGCAUACGACUUAUGCAUUUUUCAUUCUUCCAGGAGCAGCGUGUAUUCACUGCAAGUACCUACGGAAAGUGCUGCUGACGAGGAAGUCGCGUGUGGAAAAAACAGCCCCCUUCAGGACACUCCCUUCAAAACGCACUGCUUCCUCCAGGACACUCGUCAUGAAGCUCAGGGCAGUGAGGAGAAAAGCCAAGCGACUUCAAUGCAGGGUGACUAACUUGAGCAGAAGAUUGCAGUCUUUGCAAGCAAGGACAGCAGCCAUUGAGGAGUCCACCCUUGAGAGUCAAAUUGCUGAUCUGCCGCAGAAGCAAAAGGAAUGUGUUAGACACUGUGUACAAGCUGCCAAAAAAAGUGCAAAGGGAAUGCGGUACAGUAAGGAAUGGAUUCUGGAAUGUAUCCUUAUGAAGCUGAAAAGUCCUCGUCUGUACAAGCACAUGCGAAGGCAACAAAUUCUUGCCCUUCCAAGUGAAAGCACACUAAACCGCUAUCUCCGGCGCUACAAGACCUGUUUUGGCUUCAACGAGGAGAUUAUGCGUGCUCUGAAAACGAAAACACGGAACAUGGGAGAGUUUCAUUGCCAUGGUGGAAUCCUAGUAGACGAAAUGAAACUUUCUGAGCAUUUUCAAGUGAAGUCUUCAGGCAAGAUUGAUGGGUUUGUUGAUCUUGGGCCUUUCACGCCGGAAGCUGAACGCCGGUUGCCGUGCAACCAUGGUAUGGUGAUUAUGUUCGCACCAUUCGUUGGUAAAUGGACGCAGAUUCUUGGUGUCUUUGCCACGAACUCUAACGUCAAAGGUGACCUCCUCGCCAAGAUUCUCAUUGAGGCCAUAAUUAUGGCUGAAAAUGCUGGCCUGUUUGUUGACUUCAUUUCGUGUGAUGGAGCCACCUGGAACCGAAAAAUGUGGCGUCUCUUUGGGAUCGGAGCAACGGCUAAGAACAUUCGGUGUAGUUCUACGCAUCCUGUGAAUCCUGAAAGGAAGCUGCACUUUAUAUCAGACUUCCCUCACCUUAUCAAGUGCCUCCGCAACAGGCUUGUCCAGCAAGGCUUCAACACACCGCAGGGACGGGUAAGCGUAUAA